UGAUAGGGAAGAAGACAAUUGAACUUGAAAUAUGCAUUGGACAAAAUGGUAACACCGCAAAUAUAAAAGCUACCAAGCGUAGUAUGUCAUCAGGUUUAGAGAUGAAGCUUGAUGAGCUGCGGAAAGAGCUCUCUUCAAGUCAUGAAGGAAUAUUGCCAGAUACCAUUCUUUCCACCCAAAAGAUCAGCAUGUUAAGCGCCGAAAAACUGAAUUCCAUGGAGCAGCUAAGGACUAGCCUGGUUCUGACUAUCAUAGGAGUAGUUUUCAAAGGGCUAAUGAUGUGUGAAGUCGUGCGGGAUGUUGCAAACUAUUUCCCAACGGCAAUAAUUAGUGGAAGAUGACGUGAUAAGGUACUGGAGCAAUUAGCUACUUUGCAUGGAAAAUGAUCCAAUUUUGGACCUGUUUAUCUAAGUUAUCGUGCAUUGCAUUUCCAUAUACUUGGCAUGCAUGUACAGUUCAUC